AUGGUUGUCUACUCCAUCCGUAUCUCUACCGGUGUCUCCUUGUCUGCGGGCUCCAUAAACAAGGUGCAUCUGUGGCUGGUCGGUCAGCAUGGUGAGGCUGCACUCGGGGACCUGCUACGACCGUUAAGGGGCAAGGAGGAAGAAUUCAAGGUGGAUGUGUCAGAGUACCUUGGGCCACUGCUGUUUGUGAAACUGCAAAAACGGCACCUUCUCCAGGAUGAUGCCUGGUUCUGCAACUGGAUCUCUGUUCAGGGCCCUGGAGAAGGAGGAGCAGAGUACAGGUUUCCUUGUUACCGCUGGGUGCAAGGCAGUGGCAUCCUGACCCUUCCAGAGGGCACUGGCCACACAGUGGUUGAAGAUACCCAGCAUCUGUUCACAAAACACAGGGAAGAGGAACUGCAGGAAAGAAUGAAGCUAUACCGGUGGGGCAACUGGAAGGAUGGUUUAAUCCUGACUGUGUCUGGGAAAAAGUUAUCUGACCUCCCCGCUGAUGAGAGAUUUCUGGAGGACAAGAUAAUAGAAUUCGAUACUUCUCUGGCUGUAGGGCUGGCAAACUUAAUUUUCAAUUUGCCUAAAAAUGCUAUGGCUUCCUGGGAUAAUCCUGAUGACUUCGACUGUGUCUUCAAGAGCAGCUACGGAAAGCUGGCUGAACGGGUUCGAGACUCCUGGAAGGCGGAUGCAUUCUUUGGGUACCAGUUUCUCAAUGGCGCCAACCCCAUGCUGCUGAGGCGCUGUGUCAGUUUUCCUGCUCGCCUGGUGUUCCCUCCUGGGAUGGAGGAACUGCAGGCCCAGCUGGAGAAGGAGCUCAAGGGAGGGACACUGUUUGUAGCUGACUUCUCCCUGCUGGAUGGGAUCAAGGCCAAUGUCAUCCAUUUUAGGCAGCAGUUCCUGGCUGCCCCUCUGGUCCUGCUGAAACUGCAGCCUGAUGGGCAACUCUUACCCAUGGCCAUCCAGCUUGAACUGCCAAAAAUCGGAUCCACCCCACCCCCAAUUUUCCUGCCCACGGAUCCCCCCGUCGUGUGGCUCCUGGCCAAAUGCUGGGUGCGCAGCUGUGACUUUCAGCUUCAUGAGCUGCAGUCCCAUCUUCUGAGGGGUCACUUGAUGGCCGAGGUCUUUGCUGUGGCCACCAUGAGGUGUCUUCCGACCAUACAUCCCGUCUACAAGCAACAGUGGGAAAUGGUAAAUAGCAAGAUGAUGUUCCAGGCCUCUGCUUGGGACAAGAAGUAA